UUGAGAUGAGCUUAAAGCUGAGCGUAAAGUGAGCACCCCUAAAUUGAGCAACAUAUGCUCAUUUUGCUCAUAUUGUUUUUGUUCACAAAAAUCUUUCCAAAUCAUGACAAUUGCUAUAGGAUUCGAAGGAAGUGCCAAUAAAAUUGGUAUUGGUAUAAUCCGUGAUGGUGACGUUCUUGCAAAUGUAAGAGAAACUUAUGUCACUCCGCCCGGUUGUGGAUUUCUGCCUAAAGAGACAGCGGCGCAUCAUAGAAAACAAAUUUUGGGAAUAUUGAAAGAAGCAUUACGAGUAGCAAAUAUUGAACCAAAGGAAAUCAAUGUGGUAUGCUACACAAAAGGUCCUGGAAUGGCUCCACCACUACUGACAGUGGCAAUAGUUGCUAGAACAGUCGCGCAAAUUUGGAACAAACCCAUUUUGGGAGUUAAUCAUUGCAUUGGUCAUAUUGAGAUGGGCCGUUUAAUUACUGGUGCUAAAAAUCCGACAGUGUUGUAUGUCAGUGGAGGAAACACUCAAGUCAUCGCUUAUUCAAAUAAGAAAUAUCGAAUUUUUGGAGAAACUAUUGACAUUGCUGUUGGCAACUGUCUUGAUCGUUUUGCUAGAAUUAUCAAGAUUUCAAAUGAUCCAAGUCCCGGCUAUAACAUCGAACAACUCGCAAAAAAAGGUACCAAGUAUAUUCCAUUACCCUAUACUGUUAAAGGAAUGGAUAUUAGUUUCUCGGGAAUAUUAUCAGCUAUAGAGAAAAAGGUUCUUCCAGAUAGAGGCAAUAAGAAUCGUCGUAAACCACUUCCCGUUGAAGAAGAAGCUCAUCAUGAAGAUUUAUGUUAUUCACUUCAAGAAACAAUAUUUGCGAUGUUGGUUGAGAUAACUGAACGUGCUAUGGCUCAUUGUGGAUCGAAUGAAGUGUUAAUUGUGGGUGGUGUUGGAUGUAAUGAACGUCUUCAAGAAAUGAUGGGACUUAUGUGUAAAGAGAGAGGCAGUAAACUUUUCGCCACUGAUGAAAAAUUUUGUAUUGACAAUGGUGUAAUGAUUGCACAUGCUGGUUGGGAAAUGUUUCGCUCAGGGACAAGAAUGAAAUGGGAAGAUGCGACAAUAACACAAAGAUUUAGAACAGAUGAUGUUCAAGUGACUUGGAAUGUUGCGGAUGAAUAGA